AUGGAGGCAACGCCUCUUGCAAAUGAGGGUACUGCUGCGGGAAUAAGGGUCAAUGGAGUUGUGAAUGCUUACGGCAAGACUUCUGUUAUUGUGAAUGCUUACUGCAGGACUUCUGCUGUUGUGAAUGCUUACUGCAGGACUUAUGUUGUUGUGAAUGCUUACUGCAGGACUUAUGUUGUUGUGAAUGCUUACUGCAGGACUUAUGUUAUUGUGAAUGCUUACGGCAGGACUUCUGUUAUCGUGAAUGCUUACUGCAAGACUUCUAUUAUUAUGAAUGCUUGUUGCAUAACUUUUGUUGUUGUGAAUGCUUGCUGUAGGAUUUCUAUUAUUGUGAAUACUUACUGCAGAACUUUUGUUAUUGUGAAUGCUUACUGCAUGACUUCUAUCAUUAUGAAUGCUUACUGCAUGACUUCUGUUAUUAUGAAUGCUUACUGCAGGGCUUCUGCUGUUGUGACUGCUUGUUUGAUUCUAUCUGAUACUUAA